GAACGGAAGUACGUUUGAGGCAAGGACUAGCAGACACAGAGAAGGAUAUUAAUGUGUAAUUUGAACUAAAUAAACUUCGUAAAUGUAAUAGUUUUUGUCAUGCCAGAGAUAAAACUUUCUCACGGCGUUUGGAGCUAACAUCUGGAUGUUUAAAAAAAACAACUGACAGCAGUGAUGGAGUUGUCUCAGAGGGACAGGCUGUCUGUGCUGGUGGAGGAGCUGACCACAUCUGGACAGCCUCAGCUGAACCAGGACAAGAUGAAGGAGAUCAAGAAGAUCUGCAAAGCGUCUAAUGACUGCAUCGACCACGUUUAUCACUCCAUGAUGUCUCAGCUCAGCCAAGAACACGCCGAGGUCAGACUGUCCGCCUUUCAGAUCGCCAGCCAGCUUUUCUCCAGAUCGCACCACUUCAGGACGAUGCUGGUCGACAACUUCCAGGAGUUCUUGGAAUUGACUGUAGAGACGGACUUGGAACAGCCCCUCCCCCCUCCUAAAGAAGUUGCCAGGAAGCUAAGGGCACUGGCUAUCCAAACCGUCCAAUCCUGGCAGGUCUCUUAUGGGACGGCAUACAAGAAGUUAGCUCUUGGCUACCACUUCCUGAAGCAGGUCAAGAAGGUGGACUUUCAGGACGCUGAGGCUCGGACUGUAGCAGAGAGGAGACGGGAGGAGGAGAGACAGAGAAAAAUGGCGAGGAUCUACAAGGAGAGGGUGGAGGCGGCAUCCAAAGACAUGGAGGAGUCGCAGCAGGAAAUCGAGGCGACGUUGACCGAGAUGGAGUCAUGCAUGAGGCUCCUUUUACCCGAGUUUGACCUCGCAGGCAUUCAGGGAGCCAAUAGCCCCCAAAAGUCCCAACCAGCCAAUGAGUGUGAGGAAGAGCCGUGCUGCAGCAAAGACCUGAAGGAUGACAGGAGAGACGGAGCGAUGAAAGAGAUGGAGGAAAAAGAUGAAGAAGGUACGAUCAAGAAGGGAGAGGAAGAAAAGAAGAAGGAUGGGAAAGAGCAGGAUGAGAAGGAGACAGAGGAGGAGAGUAGUGAAGAAGAAGAAGAAGAAGAAGAAGAAGAAGAAGAAAAAAAGGAGGAGGAUGAAGAUGAACAGGAAUCUCUUGAUGGAGACAGUUUUAUCCGUAACUCUGGUCUCAUCUCUCACUCGUACAGUCUGGACCUGAACCUCAGCACUGGUCUUCAUUUAAAGGAGACAGAAGAUAAUGAGGCAGUGGUUUCCACGGUGAUAGACCUCCAUAAACUGAUCAAGACCAAACACCUACCAGCUGUGCAGAGCUGGGUCCAGGUGUUCACCAAAGCGGGCGCUGAACAGCAGAUGUUGAGGAGAGCUCUGGACCUGAAGAGUUCAUUAGAAGCGUCUCUGCAGAAACACAAAGAGCUUCACAUCGAUUAUAAAACCAGAGUCCGCAAAGUGGUGAGUCACAAACAAUACCACCUUAUUACUCAUAGUUCAGCUGAUUCAAGGUUUAAAGAUCUGCCUGCAGGGUGACCUCACUUUCACC